GGUCAUUGAAUUGCCGCCGGUGUGUUUCUCCGGCUCUCUGUUUCUGCUCAAUUUCAGAAUCCGUUCAUCUUCAUCAGCUUCGGUUGAAUUCAUCGGAGAAAAACAAGAUGGCGAACCAAUCUCCGUCACCGUCGAAUGCAUCCCCGACAAACAUCACUGAUUUGGAUGUGGAUUCACUAGCUCGCUGCGCCGAUUACCUGAGCCUGCAGGACAUCUCCAACAUGGCCAUGGCCUCUAGAUUCCUCAAAAAAGUCGCUUAUUCCGAUUCCAUCUGGCUCCGCUUCUUCCGGGAGCGCUGGCCGCAGGAAAUACUUCCCAAGUCUUCGCAAAUACCAGGGGUCAGGGAGGCGUAUUUGGCAAGGCGUACUGCGCUGCUACAGUUCAAAUUCGUUGAUCCCUUGGUUGCAGACUUCUAUGCGGAGCCAAGAUGUUUCGACCACAUUCUAUUCGAUAAAAAUGAUAUCAUUUUCACUCAGGGCUCAUUGAUACAAACGAUGAACAUUGAUAGUUUCUUGAGUGGAGGAGGCUCUGUUGUCAGACUGAAUGAUCAUAAGGCGAGAAUUACUUGUAUGAGAUUGUUUCCUCUCCAUGAAACUUCUUUAUUUCGAAGUGAGACACAAAGAGAGGAAAACAUUUUGGUUACUUCAAGUUGUGACCAUUCUAUUCGUCUUUGGUGGAAGGGUGCUAGCCAGCGAUGUUUUAGAGGUCAUAGUGGUGCAGUCACCACCAUGUCAGAUAAAUUGUUAGGUGAUGGAAUAGACAAAGUAUUAGCAAGUGGUGGGGAGGAUGGUACUGUUCGCUUGUGGUCUCUUGGAUCUAGUGGAAAACGCGGCCAACAAGCUUUAAGGGCCACUCUUUAUGGGCAUGUGAAACCCAUUAGUUUGAUGUCAGUUGCUGGGCAUAAGAGUUCUCUUCUAGCAACCAUCUCAAAGGAUUCAAAGGUGAGAGUGUGGGAUGCAACUACAUCAUCAGCCAUUCGUUCUUCAUGUUGUGUGGGAAUGACUUCUGUACCUGGCACACCAGUGAGCAUGAAAUGCCAUGAAGCUUUGCUCUAUGUUGCUGCUGGUUCCUCUGUUGCAAUAAUUGAUUUAAGGACAAUGCAAAAGGUUAACACUGCACCAAAGUGUACACAACAAUUGUAUUCCUUUGCAGUUAUGCCCUCAAAAUCCUUAUUCUGCACUGGUGGAGUUGGCAAGGCAAUGCUUUGGGAUGUUAGGAGAGACACACAUCCAGUUGCAGAGUUGGAUGGUCAUGCUGGUUCCGUGACACUAUUACACAUGGAUCAAUGCAAGAUAGUUACUGGUGGACCAAGUGAUAUUUAUGUUAAUGCUUGGGAGGCCGACACUGGUAGAAAAACAAAUUCCCUGAUGUGUUGCCGCUAUGAGGAUGCAAGAACAUUCCCUGGGUGUUCAGCCAUGGCUGUAGAUGGGUAUCGAAUUGUUACUGCUGCUAAUGAUGUUGAGGGAAUUCUCCUUUUUAGAGAUUUCUCCGAUGCUACGAGUCCUGUUUUACAAUCUGGUAAUGAGCCCACUUCAAAAUUUUGGGGGCAGCAAUCCUAUAGCAGCUCUGAAAACUCAGAUGAAGAAAAAGACUAGCUUGUAUGUGAAGUUUGUUCCUUUGUCUUUCUUUUGUUGUUUAUAUUUAUUGCAGAUUCUGAAAUCUUUAGCAUUUUGUUCAGGAAUGGGGUAGAUUCUUAAUUUUGUACAAACGGAGAAGAUUUCUGUAUUUUGUAAAAUUAUACUUAUAUGUAAUAAAAAAUAUAUUCGUUA